AACUUCCGGUGCCUGCGGAGCGCGGAGCGGCGGCUGCACAGAGCCGGGCUGCACGGGCGGAGGCUGCAGGGCGGACGCGCGGGCCGGCGCAGCCAUGGUGAAGAUCAGCUUCCAGCCCGCCGUGGCCGGCAUCAAGGCCGACAAGGCCAGCAAGGCUUCGGCGUCGGCCCCGGCCCCGGCGCCCGCCCCGGCCGCCGAGAUCCUGCUGACCCCGGCUAGGGAGGAGCGGCCCCCCUACCACCGCUCCAAGAAGGGGGGCUCGGUGGGCGGCGUGUGCUACCUGUUGAUGGGCGUGGUCGUGCUGCUCAUGGGCCUGGUGUUCGCCUCGGUCUACAUCUACAGAUACUUCUUCCUUGCUCAGCUGGCCCGCGACAACUUCUUCCACUGCGGCGUGCUCUACGAGGACUCCCUGUCCUCCCAGGUCCGGACUCGGAUGGAGCUGGAGGAGGACGUGAAGAUCUACCUCGACGACAACUACGAGCGCAUCAAUGUCCCCGUGCCCCAGUUUGGCGGCGGCGACCCCGCAGACAUCAUCCAUGACUUCCAGAGGGGGCUGACCGCCUACCACGACAUCUCCCUGGACAAGUGCUACGUCAUCGAGCUCAACACCACCAUCGUGUUGCCCCCUCGCAACUUCUGGGAGCUCCUCAUGAACGUGAAGAGAGGGACCUACCUCCCGCAAACAUACAUCAUCCAGGAGGAGAUGGUGGUCACAGAGCACGUCAGCGACAAGGAGGCCCUGGGCUCCUUCAUCUACCACCUGUGCAAUGGGAAAGACACCUACCGGCUGCGGCGCCGGGCCACCCGGAGGCGGAUCAACAAACGUGGGGCCAAGACCUGCAAGGCUAUCCGCCACUUCGAGAACACCUUCGUGGUGGAGACGCUCAUCUGUGGCCUGGUGUGAAGCCCCUGCUCCCUCCAGGCCUCGCCCUGUCCUCGUCCUUUUCUUUCGGGCCACUCUCUGUCCCUCCUCCUUCCCUUUGCUUAGCUUGUACUUUGGAUGCCUUUCUAUAGAUGUGACACGUCUCCCUGUUCCUUUCCAGCCCUGCCCGCCUCCCUGUACCAGAGCCGUGACUUCUUGAGGCCCCCACCUCACUGGCCUCCCAGAUAUGGGGGAGGGAAGGGGCACCCCAAGAUAGUUUCUGUGACCCACCUGGGCCCACAGCCGCCAUGGCAGCCCAAGGGGAAGGACUGGAAGGAAGAGCCGGGCACGUGAGGGCCCUGGAUGAGGGGAUGGGGCUGGGGAAGGGAUCGUGGGGUUCAGAAAUAUCUGCACAGUUGGGAAAGUCCCAAAAGGCUUUUUUCCUGGACAGCACACUUCCUCCCCUGUCCUGAUUCCUAGGCCAGGGGCUUGGGCUGAGGAUGGGGGGGAUAUGUCCAGGAAUGGACCCACCAGCGCACAAGGGAAGGUGGCUGUCCUGGGUCUCCCAGGACUCCUGUCAGUGCCUUCAGCCCACCAGCAGGAGCCUGGAGUUUGGGGUGGGGAUGAGUCCUGUAAGCACAAUCAUUCUCCAAAUGGAACCAAAGAAGCAAGGAGCCAGGGUCCCCAGCCCUGGCCCCCAGGAGCACAAGUGGGGUCUCCACAGCCAAGGCUGGAGCUGCAGGAUGGGCUGCAGAGGAACGGGGCAAGAGGGUCCCUUCUCAGUCCCAUCCAGGGCAGCCCUGCCAGGCCAAGCACUGGGGAGAUGAGCUGUGGGUGCUGGUGGGUAAGUGGAGUUCGUUGCUUUCCAAGGGUAAAUGGGGGACAGGAGAGCCACCUGGUACGCGUACACCCUGCCCCCUCUUUUCUGAAAUCCCAUCCUCCUCUGCUUUGGGGGGAUGCACCAUUUUUCCUUUUCUUCUCACUUUUGCAUGUUUUUACUGAUCAUUCGAUAUGCUAAUUGUUCUCAGCCCUGAGCCUCCAAGAGGAGGGCUUCGACACCUCCAGGGGGACUUAGGUGCUCUCUGGAGAUGAAACUCUUAAAUGCUUUGUAUAUUUUCUCAGUUAGAUCUCUUUUC